CCCCGUUCCCCGCCUGCUGCCUGUCUCUGGGGGAAGCAUUGCCAUGCCCACUCGCUGUUCCGUGCCCACCGCAGGGUGCAGCUGGCCGUGAACCGCCGCACCGAGGAGGCCGUGGCCGUGAAAAUCGUGGACAUGAAGCGCGCGGCCGAGUGCCCGGAGAACAUCAAGAAGGAAAUCUGCAUCAACAAGAUGCUGAACCACGAGAACGUCGUCCGGUUCUACGGACACCGGCGGGAGGGCGCCACGCAGUACCUGUUCCUGGAGUACUGCCGCGGCGGGGAGCUCUUCGACCGCAUCGAGCCAGAUGUCGGGAUGCCAGAGCCGGAGGCGCAGCGGUUCUUCCAGCAGCUGAUUGCCGGCGUGGUGUACCUGCACAGCAUCGGCAUCACCCACCGGGACCUGAAGCCGGAGAACCUGCUGCUGGACGAGCGAGACAACCUGAAGAUCUCGGAUUUCGGGCUGGCCACGGUGUUCCGGCACAACGGGCGCGAGCGGCUGCUGAACAAGAUGUGCGGGACCCUGCCCUACGUGGCGCCCGAGCUGCUGCGGCGCCCCGAGUUCCGCGCCGAGCCCGUCGACGUCUGGGCCUGCGGCGUGGUGCUGACAGCCAUGCUGGCCGGAGAGCUGCCUUGGGACCAGCCCAGCGACAGCUGCCAGGAAUACAGUGACUGGAAGGAGAAGAAAACCUACCUCCCACCUUGGAAGAAGAUUGAUUCCGCUCCCUUGGCGCUGCUGCACAAGAUCCUCACGGAGAGCCCCACGGCCAGGAUCACCAUUGCUGACAUCCAGAAGGACCGGUGGUACAGCAGGCCCCUCAAGAAGGGUAAGGGGCUGCGGGGGAGCGCGCUGCUGCCCCCGGAUUGGGGGUCACCCGGUGUCCUGUCCUUUGCAGAUGUCAAGCGGGCUCGGCUCUCCUCGGGGGGAGUCAGCGACUCCCCUGGAGGCUUCUCCAAGCACAUCCGAUCCGAUACAGACUUCUCACCCGUGAAGGGAGCACUGGGUGAGGACAAGGCAAGCUAUUCCACGUCUCAGCCGGAGCCCGGCACGGGCGGGAUGCCCUGGGAGAGUGGCACGGGAAGCAUCGACCAGCUGGUGCAGGGCUUCAGCUUCUCGCAGCCCGCCUGCCCCGAGCACAUGCUGGUCAACAGCCAACUCCUGGGCACCCCAGGCUCCUCCCAGAGCCCGUGGCAGCGGCUGGUGAAGCGGAUGACGCGGUUCUUCACCAAGCUGGACGCCGACGGCUCCUACCGUGCGCUGAAGGAGGUGUGUGAGAAGAUGGGCUACGGCUGGAAGAUGAGCUGCACCAACCAGGUCACCAUCUCGACCACAGACAGGAGGAACAACAAACUCAUCUUCAAGGUGAACCUGGUGGAGAUGGAGAGCAAGAUUUUGGUGGAUUUUCGCCUCUCCAAGGGUGAUGGCCUGGAGUUCAAGAGGCAUUUCCUGAAGAUCAAGGCCAAGCUCAGCGACAUUGUCAGCACCCAGAAGGUCUGGCUGCCCGGCACCUGAGCCCUCACAUGCCUUCUCUGCCUCUUCCUUCUCUUCCUCCACCUCCUCCUCCUCCUCUUCCUCCUGGCUGCCCUCUGGCAGCAGCACGCAAAUACUGUGAAGGUGUCUGGCCACCUGUUUUAGGUUUUGAAGGUUCAAUAAAGCCCUGGGGGACACGA